AAAAUACGUCAUACGUAUGAUUAAUAUAAUAUAAACUACAGCUGAUAAAUUUUAAGUGAGGUUAGCGUUGUUAAUCAUUGUUGAUAGACACGUGUCGUAUUGGUAAUCUUGAUUGUCGCGGAGGACAAUAGUUACUCGUUUGCUUUCAGUCGAAGAUGGAGUGUAAUAUGGAUCGGUGUUAUAGCGAUAUACGCGUAUCAGGAUCAUUGAAAACGUUAUAAAAAUUCGACUCAAAAGUAACGGCCUUUAUGUAAAUGUCUCUUUAUCAUUUUAUAAAUCGUCACGUCGAAUCGAUCGCACCAAGCUGAUGUCUCCACAAAUUUUUUUUCUCGAAUCUCCUUGUCGAUCAUAACCUAUAACCACAUGUGUAUAUUGGUCUUUCAUCUUCAUUUCAAUUGAUUUUAAGUGCGACGAGAAUUACGACCGCAAUUAUGGCAAACACUAUGCACAAGGACGGAUACGAGACACAAAGUUUAACUAUGCGUGGAGGCAGUGGUGCUGUUGGAUCAAAUGCUGAUAUGAAAUUGGAACCAUCUAGUCCUACAGAAAAAUAUACUUUCUCUCGUUGUAGUAGUACAGGAUCUGUAAAUACUGCAUCAUCGUCUGCUCAUAAUACAGGUGGGUUUGAUUUGAUUUCAGAGGAUGAAGACAGUGAUAAUAAAAAUUCAACGAUAAGUUAUAAAGAACGACGUAGAGAAGCACAUACACAAGCCGAGCAAAAGCGUAGAGAUGCCAUUAAAAAGGGAUAUGAUUCGCUUCAAAAUUUAGUGCCUACUUGUCAGCACACCGACUCAUCCGGUUACAAAUUAUCCAAAGCUACAGUACUUCAAAAAUCUAUAGAUUAUAUACAGUUUUUGUUGCAGCAAAAAAAGAAACAAGAGGAUGAACGUAAUGCAUUGAGAAAAGAAGUUGUUGCUCUACGUAUUAUGCAGGCUAAUUAUGAACAGAUUGUGAAAGCUCAUCAAACACAACCUGGUCAUGCAGAAAUGCGUAUAUCGGAUGAAACGAAAUUCCAAGUGUUUCAGGCGAUUAUGGAUCGUUUAUUUCAAAGUUUCAACAACAUCUCCGUUGCGAAUUUUGCAGAAUUGUCCGGUUGCGUGUUUAGUUGGUUAGAGGAACAUUGCAAGCCUCAGACUCUUCGCGAGGUAGUACUUUCCGUUUUACAGCAACUCAACAACCAAAUCAGCUAGUCGAAUGUACCAUCGGAGUUGUCUCCAUCGCACAAUAUCCCUGUUUUAUCAACUUGUAUCUAUAUCUUUCAAAGGGAUACUUAAACCGAUCGUCAAUGAAGUUACCAGAGGGGAUGGGAGAUGAGUGUCGUACAAGAAAUAAAAAAGAAAAAAAAAAAUAAUAAUAAAUAAACAAAACAAAAAAAAAUGAGAUAAAAAAUACAUAUAUACAUAUAUAUGUAUGUAUGUAUGUAUGUAUAUAUAUUCAUAUAUAUAUAUAUAUAUAUGUGUAUAUAUAUGUAUAUAUAUAUAUACGGGUAGCUUAUAAAAUGAUCGCACGACGAAAAUAUACAUAGAGAUUUAUUUUAUAUACGAUCAUAGGCAUAGAAGAAAUUGGCGCCAUUCUGUGAUUUUUGGCGCGUAAUAUGAAUCCACGUUGUUAUUAUUGGCCGCGUGUAAAAGAUGAUGUGUUGAAUAUUUUUAUCAGAUUUUUCUAUUAAACAUACAUAUAUAUAUAUACAUAAACACACACACACACACAUACACAGACAUACAUUCACACACAUACACAUCACACUUCGUCGUGUACAUACUCGCGUAUAUGUGUGACGAGACGCGACAUAUGUAUAUCGAUGUGUAUCUAAAUAUGUACAUACAUAAGAAAAAAGAUCUACGAAAUCGCA